GGUGAGCAUUGUUUCUGCCAGAAGGAUUUUUUUCCUCUCUCUGAUCUGAUUAUUUCACGUCCAGUUAAAGGGAAGGCAAGAUGGCUGAGAUGGGAAAGGGAGUCACCGCUGGGAAAAUAGCAAGUAAUGUACAGAAGAAGCUUACACGAGCCCAGGAAAAGGUGCUGCAGAAACUUGGAAAAGCUGAUGAGACAAAGGAUGAACAGUUUGAACAAUGUGUACAGAACUUCAACAAGCAGUUGACGGAAGGGAGCAAACUUCAGAAGGAUCUGAGGACAUAUCUGGCUUCAGUAAAAGCUAUGCAUGAAGCCUCAAAGAAGCUUGGUGAAUGUUUGCAAGAGGUGUAUGAACCGGAAUGGCCUGGGAGAGAUGAGACAAACAAGAUAGCCGAGAACAAUGACUUGCUAUGGACAGACUACCACCAGAAGCUGGUUGACCAGGCUCUUCUCACAAUGGACACUUAUCUUGGACAGUUCCCAGAUAUCAAGUCUCGCAUUGCUAAGCGAGGACGCAAGCUUGUAGAUUAUGACAGUGCAAGGCAUCAUUUUGAAUCCCUGCAAAAUGCGAAGAAAAAGGAUGAAACCAAAAUUGCUAAGGCUGAGGAGGAGCUGGUAAAAUCUCAGAAAGUUUUUGAAGAGAUGAAUAUUGAUUUACAAGAGGAGUUACCAUCAUUAUGGAAUAGCCGUGUUGGUUUCUAUGUCAACACAUUCCAGAGCAUAGCUGGGCUGGAAGAAAACUUCCAUAAAGAGAUGAGCAAGCUGCAUCAAAAUCUCAAUGAUGUAAUGGUGAAUCUGGAAAAACAUCAGGGAAAGACGUCAAGCAAUACUUACACUGUGAAAGCUCAGCCAAGAAAGAAAACUAAUUUGUUCUCCAGACUGCGGCUAAAGAGGAGCAGUGAUGCCAGCUCUGUAAAACCGAACAAAACCUCCUCCCCACCACUUGAUGGACCUCCUGCCUCUGAGAGCAAGACUGUGAACCAUGAACCCGAGGAAACCUUUGAUUCACCCUCAGCAUCAGCAACAUCUACAUUUUUUGGGGAGACACCGACUGUUACUGUGUCCAAGUCUCCUUCUCAGCUGAGGAGAGGCCCUCCGGUUCCACCACCUCCUAAACCCACGCCGUCCAAGGAUCUCAAGCAGGAAAACAUCAUCGCCUUGUUUGAUGACAAUUUUGUGCCAGAAAUAAGUGUGACCACCCCUUCACAGCCUGAAAAGAGCGAGCUUGGCAGUGCGAAUCAGUUUCCUGGCGAUAACGCUAUUGAUAGCAAUUUUGUUGUGGACUGGCCCAGCCAACCCACUAAGUCUUUGCAACCGGCAGAAUCAACGGCCAGGAGUGACACUACAAUAAAAGAAAGUGAAGUGAAGCCUGACUCUGCUGCAUCUGAAAAAGACACUUCUGCUGGUUCAUUGCCUGCUGUAGUUGUCGAAACAUUUACUGCUACUGUGAAUGGCACUGUGGAGAGCAGUCCUCCUAGAACUGAUAUGCCCCCGGACUACUUAUAUAAGGUUAGGGCUCUGCAUGACUAUGCUGCAACUGACAGUGAUGAACUAAACUUGAAAUCUGGAGAUGUUGUUCUAGUGACCCAGUUUGAUAACCCAGAAGAGCAGAAUAAAAAGUUGGAAGGAGUUUUUAUCACUAAGAAGGAUGAAGGCUGGCUAAUGGGAAUUAAAGAGACUGACUGGAACCAGCAUAAGCAAUUUGAGCAACACAAAGGAGUAUUCCCAGAGAACUUUACGGAGAAAUACCUGUAAGGGAAACCCAUAUCCUGUUUCUUCUGCUCUGGGAUGUAAAGCAAAUUUUCUGUGAAAAUGAAAAACAUCUACCCUAAGAACAAAUACAAACAACUUAGGAAGAUAGUCCUUAAAAUGUCAUCUUAAAGGUUCAGAUUUCUGUUAGAAGCAAAAAAAAAAAAGAAAAAAGAAAAAAAAAAGCUUAAUACAGCUCCAGAAUGGUGAAAUUGUAUUCAUACCUUACCUCAACGACAAACAUAGUGAUUAUUCUCAUUGUACAUCUGUUACAUGUAUAAGUAAGAGGGGUGCCAUGUUACUUGGUUAAGUAAUAAUGCCAAAUACUGUGUCUUUCAAACAUUUCUCAGUAAUUCAUUUGAAAUAAUGUUUCUCAUUAUUAUGCUGUGUGAAAUAGGGUUUCUGUAAAACAUAUUGGUGCAUUUAUAACAUUAUAUACAAAUGACAGAGGGUAGAUCAGCAGCAUAUACAUGGUGUGAAUUCUGUGACUUGCAAUUCAUUUGGUACAAGAUUGGUGAAGUUGAUUGUCCACAAUGUCAUACUUUUUCCUCUUCCAUUGACUCGUAGCUAUGACUUUCCCUGCUAUAUUCUGUUUAGAAACUGAAACAUGAAUCCUUUAAUGCAUAACACAAAGGUGGAUUUAAUAUAUUUAUUGGGUUAAAUAUAUAUUUUUCCUUGGUUACAUAACAUUUAGAAUAUUUGUAGUACCAGCAAUUGUGUCACAUUUUUGAGUGUUUUUGUUUUUGAACUCCCAAACUGUAAUCUGUUACAGCUUGUUUAUAUUCCAGAUUUGUUAUCAAACUCUGUCCAUUUCUUAGCUCAAGCCAGCUGACAUUUUUUCUACUCCAUUUAUUACUGAUUUGCAAGUCUCAUGAACACUGAUCAGUAACAUGAAAUGAUUUGUCCGGUGUUUAGAUUUGCAUUUAUUUAAAUCUAAGAUCAAUGUUACUAAAAUAUACCCUAAUCACUAUUUAAAUGUUUUAUUAACAGUGCAGAUUUACAUAAGCUACUCUAGGCACAUAAAUUAAAGUAAUAGUGUGCCAUGUUACAUGGAGGUGUUAUGGGAGACCAAUACUUCCACUGGAUAUAAUUAGUAGCACCAUCUUGACUCAAAUAGUCAUCACAUGGUGCUAUUAAUACAGGCAUUGCUUGUAUAUAAUAUGGUUGUACAUAAGUAGGAAGGAAAGCAUAGCAAUUUCUUGUCAUGGCGUUUCAUCCCAUCAUGACUGUCUUAUUGGGAUUUCAUUAAAGAUCAGUUCACUGAGCAUUAGUUUAUAAAAUCCUCUUGGGUGCUUUAAGCUUCUCUAAAGUUAUUAUUUUCCACAAAUAAAUGGAACCUAAAGUUUUUUUUUAAGUGGUGAGAAGGGGAGAAAUUAGAAUCUAGUUACAACUCUAGUGUAUUAGUAUUAGUGUAUUAGUAUAAAUAAUACAUUGCUCUUGUGGUGCAAAAGGUCCUAUCACUAAAUAGAACUAUGGCAAUUUGACCCACCAAAACUUUAUUUAUAAAGUUACAAUUGAUAAGACAUUGGCAAGAGUGGAAAAGGACAUUAACUAUUGAGUGUUAUGUGUGCGUUUUAAUGAAAAUAGUUAAUACAAUGUUAAUUUUUUUUGUAAUAUGUAGUUUGUGAUCAUAUUAAUGUAGUAUGAUUAUAGUAUGAGUCAGGAAUGAGAAAUUUCAGAUUUUACUCCUGGUUUCCAAAUGGCUGUAACUAUAACUUGCUGUAUUACAAUUAUUUGCAGUGAUUGAUCUAUGUUCAAACUAUAUAUUUUUUUUCUAUUUUUCUUAACAUUACCUUGAUUUGACAAUGAGAAGUGGUUGGCCUUUGUUGGCUAAUGGGUUUUAUAGUCUUGAAAUUAAAAAAAAGCAAAGUGUAAAGUUUACAGGGAAAAGUCAGUUCUCCAAAUGAAUGGGUCUAUCUCUUUAUUGACGACAUUUGGGUUUAAAUAAAGUGGUUUUCUGGAAGUAAUCUAAUGCCAUAUACUACAGAUCUAUAUGGUGUCAUCAAAAGAUUAUUAGCUUCACCACAUACAUGGGAAGCAUUUUUUUCAACAAAUGUAAUUCAUUACAUUGGUAAUAAAGUUUAUACUUUACAUGAACAUAUGAGCUUUUGUUUUUUGAUGCUGAAAAUAUAUAUUAUAUAAUCAGAAGAUAACAUAAUUUGUCAGUUUUUAAUAAAGAGAUAUCACCUGUACCCUGACUUUUCUUAUACAAAGAGAUAAGGGAUGUCAGAAUGUGAAAUGGAAGGGUCUAAAAUUCUUCUUUUUAUGUGCAAUAUGUACUCAUUCACUGCCUGAUGGGAAUGCAGAACACUACUAAAAUGUUGUUGGCCCUGUCUAGUAAUCAAGUGGUCAAAUGGUGAACCUAGUAGCCUGAUAUUUGGUUAUUAUGUCAUAGCAUGUAAAAGUAGGGAUAUGAAAGAAAAAAAAAAAAAGCAGGAAAAUGUAGCAAAAUGAGGAAACCAUAAUAGUGUGAGCAUUUUCUUUCUAUGCAAACCAUGGCUAAUAAAACUAUAUUUCUUUGUAUUGUUUUAUGCUCCCAUGAAAUCUCCAUGAUACAUAUUGGCAGGUCACUGGCCAGUGCUUGUUCAUUUACUAUAGGCGGUGUAAAGGAUAUACACAAACAUAUUUAUUGCUAGAUUGUGGGCUAUAUCACAUUCCAGUUGUAAAUGGAACAUCUGGCAGUACAAAAAUCCUUCUUCAUACACUAUAAUGGAGACUUUUGUUCUUACUACCAGAUGCUACUUUUAGAACUGGAAUGUAAUCUAGCUGUUUUUAUAUAAUACUCGUAUAAAGGCCACAUAUUUAUUUUGCUUUUAGCAAAGAGAAAUGGUAUUGGAAACCAGUGAUUUAGUGGGAUAACUAUAACACAAACACAUACUUUAUGACACAAUGAGAAAUAUGUAAUCAUCAUUAAUUAUAACCUUACAUCCAUUUCAUUUUCGUUUCCAUGUCUGAACUUCCUAUGCAAUUAAUUGCUGUUUGAUGAAGUGACUUGUGAAGAACGAGUAAUUAGAGAAUGUUAAAUUAAUGUUUGUAUUACUGGGGAGAUCAGCUAUAGAUGGUCUAGCAAUGUUACCUUGAGGCUGUAAAUCAUAAAGUCUGGUACCUUAAGAAAUCAUCAUAGAUUUGUAUCCAUCAUAAUAAUCUACAUAUGGUUACUCUGACUAUUUGUUUUAAGAAUUUUCUGUCUAGAUUGUUUUUCUCCAUUAGAACAGGCCAUGAUUUCCCCUGGACAAUUAAUGAGCUGAUUCUAGGAACUAAACAAGUUACAACUCUGCAACACCAUAAUUUAACUCUACACUCAAUCCACUCCAUUCCACUCCACAUCCCUUCUUGGAGGUUCUGGUUUAUAAGCUAAAUCCUUUUACAAGUAUGCUUAAUCUUGCUUCAACGAGUUUGCACCUUUAAGACUUGGAAACCAAUAGUAUUAGUAAGAGAAUCUUACCAUUGAAAACAUAACUGAUAUCAAGACUGUGUUUUCUAGUUGUGUUUUUUUUGUGUUAAGCUUAAAAAAAAAUCUGUAUUGGUAAAUUAAAAUGGAACAAAAAAUAUUUUAAUACUGUUGAAAUAAAUGCUGCAUGGAUUUAUUAUAUUGUGAUUACUUAGGACAUAGGAUGUCCAAAUUAUGUAUUUAUAACCAAGGAAGUGGCUGUAUUUAAUUUUAACUUGGCCUAUAGUCACCCGUUGUAAGAUUUUAGUUUGCUUCCUACCCAGCGGGAAGGCAAACACUGUUCAUGUUGUUUUGUGGCAGAUAUUUGCAAAUGAAACCUUAGACGUUUCUGAAUCCUUUGUUGGGUUAUAAAGGUGCAUUCAAUCUUAAACACCUGCAAUUAACUACUAAUGUUUCACGUUUGUUACAUUCAUUUUAAUUAUAACUUUUUUUAUUUUUUUUUAUUUUAUUCCUUAAUUUUUCUAUGAAGCAGCAAAUAAGUCCUUGUAUCAUUCGUUUCUUUAAUUUCUUUAGUGCCGUAUCAGUAUCUGCUCCAUUAGUUUACCUAAUACAUAUUUUUAUGGAGAAAUAUGAUCAAUCAUUUAUAAGAUAUAUAUGCAGCAAAAACCCGACAUAUAUUUUUCUUGAAAUGGCAACAAAACUAGAAUAGGAUAUGUUUACAAGAAAAAAAAAAAACAUUUUUUGGAAAUGUUGCAUUUAAAACAUAAAUUUUGUUAUUUAUUUAAAAAUGUCUCUGCAAUUUGUGCAAGUAGUGUUAAAGCAGGGUACACGUAUUACAUUUUGUAAAAUGCACACCCUAUGUUUAUAUGUCAGUGCUUGUUGUUUGUGUAGGCAGUGCACGAUCGUGAUGCACAGAAAGUGUAUUUAUAGAUGUAGGGUAUAAUAGCAGUCAAACUAUUUCACCUCAUUCAUUUUUAAUUUACUACUCUAUACAGAUUUUUUUUUUUAACCAAAAAGACUGAAUGCUCCUUUAAAAACAAACACAUAUGCCUAAUGGUCAGUAGUUUUACCUUUAUUUCUAACCUUUCAAUCCAAUCAUCCAGCCUCUUGCUAUUCCCCUGUCAAAAUGGUAACAUGUAGGAGGAAGGGAUGGAUGGGUAUUUCAAAAGUAACCCACCCAGUGCCCAACAAUCCUAUAAUUGUGAACGUAAUUAAGGUACUCCAGUGUACUUGAAUGCUGGUUGAGUCAGCAUGCUGCCUACUCACAUGGAGAAAGUAAUUGUUACCCUUUAUUGGUUUUCUGGUUUCAACAAUGUAUUGGGCGUAUAUAUAUGUGAAUUUUAACCUCCAGUUGAUACCUGUGUUUAUGGCCACCUUUCAAUAAAGGAGAACAUAUAUUAAAUUUA